AUGAAGAGGACCAGUUCAUUUCUCCCGAAUAAGCCUCCUAAUCCUUAUAAUUCAAUGGAACUCCCAAAUCGAAAUCCUCCUCCUCCUCCUCCUCCUUUACCCAAAAUCGAAUACCCCUCCUGUCCUCAUAUUAUAUUGGGAGAAAAAUCUCCUCGCCAUUCUAGUCACCCCCAACACCCUUUAUCUUUAGUUGAUGUGCCUGACCUCUUUACCUGCUCAGGUUGCAAGGAGUAUGGGUCAGGCUUAAGGUUUAGCUGCCAAGAAUGCGAGUUCCAGUUACACGAGUUCUGUGCCCUAGCCCCUCCAGUUCUCAAGGCUCAUCCUUUUCACAUGCAGCACCGACUUUCCCUUCAUUCUAAACCAGGCGACCCUCGAAAGGAUUCACUUUCAGAUGCAAUGCUUGCAGCUAUCAGAUGCACCCUUGCUGUGCUAUACUCUCCAACCAGCUUGACAUUUCGGAAGAGAUCAGGCCGAGUGUACCGUUGCACGGUUUGUGAAUACCAUCUGCACGCUGUGUGUGCUAAGAACAUGGUUAAUGGUCUUCAAGCUAACGGUAUAAAGGGCCCUGAAAAGCCCAGCAUGCUAGGAACUGCGGCUCGACUUGCUUCUCAUGUCGUCGUCGAAUUCGUUGGAGGCAUCAUUGAAGGGCUUGGAGAAGGUGUAGGAGAAUGGUUCAUCCAAAGUCUUACCAGAGGAAGGCGCCCUGUUGCAAAUAUUAAUGGAAAUUGA